GAUCAUCGAAGCCCAAUUCAUCCAUUGUUAUUCAACCACUCUGACCAAAUCUGAACAACAGCUGGAGCAAGCCUAUCAAUCACCAUGUACCGUCUCGCUAUCUCUCGCUCAAUUCGAGCAGCCGAAUCUACCGCGCGGGUUGUCGCCAUCCGCUCUGCGUCCACUACCCAAGGUCACACUACGGCCAAGGCUCAGGACCCGGGACACAAAGACAAGGAUGUCCAAUCGGCCUCUGCCACGCAAGGUAUGAGCAACAAAGCUGCUUCUCAAGCCUCGACAAAUGGUCAAAGUCAGCCAUUUGACGCUGCGAGACAGGGAGGCGUUGGAGGCGAGAGCAAGGUCGCACCGGAGGGUAAAGGAAGUUUUGCUGACCAGGUUGGAGGUCAGAAGGGAGCUUCGAGCGGAGGUCACAAGGGAGGACAUGAGAAGACUGGGGCAGACACUCUCGUUGGGAAAGUUCUAGAUGCUUUUGGUGGACAGAAUCCAAAGAGACAAUUCCACACGUGGUCUUCCGCUCGUAACAAGGACAUCCCAGGAGCCGAUCCCAAAGGAGCACGAAAGCCAGUCGACGAUUCGGUCCAUGGCGAUCAGAACCCUCACUUGAAGCACUCUGAAGGUGGAUAUUCGGGAUCAGCCCAAUCCGGGAACGCAUCUGCGGAUCCCCAUCUCCCUUCCAGGACCAAGUCGAAACCUCAGCAUUCGAGCAACCCCUUUGGGUCCACUCCUGGGGCUUCUCAGAGCAGAUCCCUGCACAGUAGCCCUACCACAGGCGUCAAGGGUGCCGAGAAGUACUCUGGAGUCCAUGAACCUGAACCUUCCAAAGCGGGCUAUGAUUCCCCAUCUGAGCCCCUUCCCACCAAUCUGAAGUCCUCUUACCCGACCAACGACCCCAGCGCGACUCCCGCUCCGCCAAAUGUGACCCCGUCGUCUAAAGUAAAAAAAUCGUCCACUUCUGCAGAUCCGGCACACGAGACAUUGAGUCAGGCUGCCAAGGAAGGCACUCUAGGCGAUAGAAACCCGCAACCGCACCCAGACGCCGGGCGAAAAGGGAAUGAUAAGGCGUGGAAGGACCGAAAGCCUUAGGAACCGUCUGCUACGGACGAGUGUCAGCGCUGAAGCAGAUUCAUCGCCAAUUGAGCGAAAGGCGACAAGCCAUACGUGUAAUAUGCAUGCGAGAU